GAGCUGGCGUUGACAGUGAUAUUUAGUAUUGGUGUUUAAUCUUUGCAACUGUUAAAUAUUUUGAAGGAAAAUUUGUAAGAUGAAUGUGGAUAAAUCGCAGUUGUUGGGAUAUACUAGGAGAAAAAAGAAAAACGGGAAAGUAUUGGAAAGCAAAAUCUUUGAAAAGGCACUCAAACAAAUCAGAGGAAUUCUUCAAAACGCUGGCUGUGUAAAUAUGAAUCAGGAUGUUCUGCAUGUACUUACUCUAUGGAUUGAUUAUAUCAGGAAACUUAAGAGUGAAAACUCGAGAAUAGAGACAAUAAUCAAAAAUUAUUCUCGGAUAGACAACAUCUUUCAAAAUAUGAAUAAACGAAUAGAGAUGCUAGAGAUGCAAUGGAAAGAGGAUGAGUUCACAGGAGAAAGCAUCUAGAUGAUCGUGUUUCUCUUAAGAAAGCUUGAUUUUUCAUUUAUUGCACAUGAAUGAAUUUUUCAACUGAAAUAUGACUAAAUACUAGACUAUAUGUCAAGUUUAAAGCAAAAAUCAGAAUUGUUAAGAAAGUAAUCAUGUCACCUCAAGUAAAAUAUCUUUCAUUUAAUGCAAUUGAUAUACUGAAUCAAAGAACACUGACACUUCAAACCUUUUUUUUUCAAAUUUGUUGAAUUUACAAAGGUAUUACUAUUUUGUUACGUAUAAAUGACAAUUUCUAAA